AUGUAAAAGUUCUUAAAAGAAUGCGAUGCAUUGAUAAUUACAGCAGGGGCUGGUAUGGGAAUUGAUUCAGGUUUACCAGAUUAUAGAGGAGAUUAGGGAUUUUGGAAAGUGUACAGACCUUUUUAAAAUAAAUAUGGAUUCCAAGAUUGCGCAAAUCCUGAAUUCUUGAAGUAGAACCCACAUUUAUUUUGGGGUUUUUAUGGACAUAGAUUGGAAUUGUAUACCAAUACAAUACCACACGAAGGUUUCUAAAUAAUUAAGAAGUGGUGUGAAUAAAAAGAUUAUUUUAUUAUCACCAGCAACGUUGACGGUUAAUUUUAGAAGGCAGGUUUUGACUAGAAGAAAGUCUAUGAAAUUCAUGGUUCAAUUCAUACUUUUUAAUGUACUAAAUGUUCUAAGUUAUAUUUGGCAAAUAAAUUUCCAAAAUUAAAAAUUGAUUUUUAAAAGUUUGAAGCUGUAGAUCCUUUACCCAGAUGUGAAUUCAAUCAUAUUUUAAGACCUAAUAUAUUAAUGUUUUAUGAUUGGGAUUGGAUUUCUACUAUUUAUACUAAAUAAUGCGAAAACUUCGAGGAAUUUAUGAAUAAACACAGGAAUAGCAAAGUUUGUGUGAUUGAAAUUGGAGCAGGGACUGCUAUUCCAAGUAUUAGAAUAAAGGGAGAAGGGAUCUUAUCGGAGAUUGAAAAUUCUAUCUUGAUCAGAAUCAAUCCGUCGGAAAAUGAACCUGAGGAAAACAAGAAAUACUACAGUAUAAAGAAAGGAGGGUUAGAAGGAAUAAAAUCAUUGAAUUAUUUAUGA